UCCAAAAAGAAAAAGCGAACAGACUGUAGACCUUUCCCUUGUUACCCUCACAUCCAAAGCCAAAAUUUCCACUACAGUUUACUCCUAAAACUUUAUACACACACACACACAGUACUUUUCUCUGCAAUUCUUUUAUACCCAACUUUUCAUCUGCUUCAUUUUUCUGCUCAGUUUUAGUGAUAUUACUUCAUUCUAAUCAAUCAAAAUCUUAUCUUUUUUUGUAACCAGUGAAAAAGGUUUUCCUUCAAAUUUCAAAGGUUAAAACGAUGAAGGUUCAUCCAACACCAAUAAGAAAACGAAACAUCACGUUACGCAACGACAUCGUAUUAUCAGCUUUCUCUCAAAAGAAGCUCCGGCGACUCCCCCAUAUCUUCGCGAAAGUUCUAGAACUUCCGUUCCAUUCCGAUGCCGACGUGUCAAUCCAAGAAACCUCCGAUUCGUUCCGCUUCGUUAUCCCAACUGAUGCUGAUGAUGGGGGCUUGGGCCAUAAUAUUAGGGCCCACAUAGUCGAGAUCUAUCCGGGUGUUACUAAGAUUGUUAUCCGAGGUGAUAAUGUUUUUGAUACUUCGUCGUCUUUGUCUGGAUUGGAGCUAGACUUAUGGCGGUUUCGGCUUCCGGCAGAAACUUUGCCGGAGCUGGCUACCGCCGCUUUUAGUGAUGGCGAGCUUGUGGUGACGGUGCCCAAAGGGGCUGAUGACGACGGUGACGGUGGCGAUGGUGAUAUUGAUGGAGCUGGUCGUCUUGUUCUUGUACAAUAAUCCUCUUAAUUCCUCCUUUUUUGUCUCUCAAUUUUCAGCUAUGUUGUUUUCACAUUUUAAUUUUUAAUUUGAACUGUCUGGUGUUUAAAUGAAAAAUCGUUCAGGUCCUUUAAAAAUUAAUUAUGGCUAAUCCUAUUUAA